UUUUACACAAAUAACCCACCUAUUCUGCGUGCGUUGCAUGAUUGUGCAUUUUAUGCAAAUAAAGCGAGCAUAGAUUGUUCUUGAGCAGAGAGAGAGGUCAGGUCCUGAUCAGUUCAUCUGCAGACAUGGCGAUCGAGAGCGUGCUCCCAGCCAACUUCGGCUAUGCGAUUUUGGUAUAUGUUUACAGUUUUGUCAUGCUCAUGUAUCUCGGGAUGAAAGUUGGUGCUGCAAGAAAGAAGUUUGGAGUAAAGUACCCGACCAUGUACAGUGAUAAGGAUCAGAUCUUCAACUGCAUUCAGAGAGCCCAUCAGAACACACUGGAGGUGUAUCCGCAAUGGCUGCUGUUUCAGACUAUUGCUGCACUCCAUUAUCCUAGCGCUGCCUCUGUGUUAGGAGCCAUCUGGGUGACCAGCAGAUUCUCCUACGCUUGGGGAUACUACACUGGGGAUCCUGCUAAGAGGAUGCACGGUGUUUACGGAUACAUCGGGCUGUUCGGAGUCCUUCUGAUCUCCAUCUAUGUGGCUCUCAACCUGAUCGGAGUCCUUUAAGGGGAAAGCCACUGAGAAAUGACCACACAAAAUCAAAACUGGACACUUAAAGGGACAGAUUACCCAAAAAUGAAAGUUUCCUCAGUUUACUCUCCAUCGAGUGUUUUCAAACCUGCUUGAGCUUCUUUCUUCUGUUGAACGCAAAAGAAGAUAUUUUGAAAAAUGUUAAAUUCCAUAAUAGGAAAAACAAAUACUAUGGAAGUCAAUGGUUACAUGCGUACAACAUUCUGCAAAAUAUCUUCUCUUGUGUUCAACAGACGAAAGAAACUCCUUUAGGUUUGAAACAAGUGAGUAAAUGCUGACCGAAUGUUCAUUUUUAGGUGAGCCAUCCCUUUAAUGUAGUUUUCAGUAAUUCCUUGUUUCUUUUUUACUCUUUCAUUAAUUACAUUUUGCAUCGUUUCAUUUUUACAUAUUGUAGAACAUUAAAUCAUACAAAAUGUACUUUUUAGACUUUCAUACAUAUGCUUUACACUGAAUGUACUUUACUAUUCAAACAUAUGAAUCAUUAAAUGUCUAAAGAUUGAAAUGAA